AUGGCGAGUGCAGCAUCGUACACGCGCGUCAGCCUGCAUCACAUGCAGGCGAGACCAGACGCGUCGUCGCCUCCCACCUGGCUCCAAAGCUGACCUGGAAUCCGCUUCCCUCCACCUUGCGCAGUCGGCGCCACCUUCCUCCGCUCAGAAGCGAGGUCGUUCCCCUUCCCCGAUCCGACAAUCGUCCCCUACUGGCCCUAUCGAGGCACGUGCUGGGUCACCACCCCCUUCGUCGGCUCCUCCCUCGUCAUUGCCCGCGAGUUCGCCGCCGCCUGGCUUUAGUGACUUUGAUGAUGAUGUCGAGGAGGAUGGCAUCCCGCUCGAUAUCACCGAUGGUGAGGAAGGUGACGGCGAGGACCUUUUCGGCGAAGAGAUGGGAAAGUGAGUACUCGACUGCGUUGAUACUCAGACCCUCGUCGCGUCUCGAUGGAAACUGAUCUCUCCAUCCUCGCGCGCUCACGGCUUAACAGCGAUUACAUCGAGAACAAUCGCCUCGAUCGAUACGAUGCUGGCGACCUGAACGACGAUGAAGACUUCUCCGACGACCCCGAUGCGCGUCGCGCUGCCGAGGCCCAGAUGGCGAACCGUGAUCGGCGCUUUGCGCGCCAGCAGGGUGGCCAGCGCCGGCGGCAACGUAUGCCCGCCUUCCUCGCGAGUGACGAGGAGGACAGUGAGGACGAGAACCGUCUGCUCGGCCAGCGCCGUGUCAGGCGCAACUACGAUGAGGAGGCGUUUGAAGAUGAUGCUGUUGAAGAGGUAAGCUAGACCAGCUUGAAGGAAAAUCCUUCUCAUCGAACCAAACUCAUCUUGCUUCGGCUGCUCUGCAGGAAAUGCCCAUUGAGCAACUGGCCGACAUUCAAGCCGACUCGAUCGCUCAGUGGAUCGAGGACCCUCGUGUCCGCCGCACCAUCAUGCGCGAGUUCAAGUCCUUCCUCAUGACCUACACCGACCCCCAAGGUGUCUCGAUCUAUGGUCAACGUAUUCGCCAGCUCGGUGAACGUAAGUCACACAUCGCGCUCGUCUUUCUUUGGCCCUCUUGACCGAAUUCUGACGGACGACUCGCUUACCCUAUAGUCAACUUGGAAUCGCUCGAGAUUUCCUUCGCCCACCUCGCGGAUUCCAAGGCGAUCCUGUCCUACUUCUUGGCCAACUCCCCUUCCGCCAUGCUCCCCAUCUUUGACGAGGUUGCUCUCGAUGUCAUCUUGCUCUUCUACGUCGACUAUUCCCGCAUCCACACCGAGGUUCACAUCCGCAUCACGGACCUGCCGACCUCGUUCACGCUUCGUGAUCUGCGCCAGGUCCACUUGGAUGCCCUCGUCCGUGUCGCUGGUGUCGUCACUCGAAGAUCGGGCGUAUUUCCUCAGCUCAAGUACGUCAAGUUUGAUUGUGGACGUUGCGGCGAAGUGCUUGGACCCUUUUACCAGGAAGCAACAACCGAGAUUCGCAUCAGCUUCUGCUCGAGCUGCGGAGCCAAAGGACCUUUCAAUGUCAAUUCUGAGCAGGUCAGUCCUUUGUAGAUGCUGUGCUGGGCUCUUCUUCUCGUGCAAUCAUGCUGACUUGAUCUUCCGCAUCUCAAGACCGUCUACCGCAACUACCAAAAGAUGACGCUGCAAGAAUCGCCCGGCUCCGUUCCCGCCGGUCGCUUGCCUCGCCACCGUGAGGUCAUCCUGCUCUGGGACUUGAUCGACUCGGCCAAGCCCGGAGAAGAGAUCGAAGUGACGGGAAUCUACCGCAACAACUUUGACAAGUCGUUGAACGUCAAGAACGGCUUUCCCGUCUUCUCGACGAUCCUCGAGGCAAAUCACAUCAACAAGAAGGAGGAUCAGUUCGCCUCGUUCCGUCUGACGGGGGAGGACGAGACGGCGAUCCGCGCGUUGUCGCGCGACGAGCGUGUCGGCAAGCGCAUCAUCAAGAGUAUCGCGCCUUCGAUCUACGGCCACGAGGACAUCAAGACCGCGAUCGCCUUGUCGCUCUUUGGUGGUGUACCCAAGGAUAUCAAUCGCAAACAUCGCAUCCGUGGUGACAUCAACGUGCUCAUGCUCGGCGACCCCGGUACAGCCAAGUCGCAGUUCCUCAAGUACGUCGAGAAGACGGCGAACCGAGCCGUCUUUGCAACGGGUCAAGGAGCUAGCGCCGUGGGUUUGACAGCGAGUGUCCGAAAGGAUCCGGUCACGCGAGAGUGGACGCUCGAGGGCGGUGCGCUCGUGCUGGCCGACAAGGGUGUGUGCAUGAUCGACGAGUUUGACAAGAUGAACGACGCCGAUCGGUAAGUGCCGAUGGGAAACAGUUUGAAUGUGCAGGAGCUGACAUAGAGGCAAAACAUCGGUUCAGAACCUCGAUCCACGAAGCCAUGGAACAGCAGUCGAUCUCGAUCUCGAAGGCUGGUAUUGUGACGACGUUGCAGGCCCGUUGCGCCAUCGUCGCCGCGGCCAACCCGAUCCGAGGUCGCUACAACCCAACCAUCCCGUUCAGCCAAAACGUCGAGUUGACGGAGCCGAUCCUGUCGCGUUUCGAUAUCCUCUGCGUCGUCAAGGAUACGGCUGACCCUGUUAUCGAUGAGAUGCUCGCCAAGUUCGUCGUCGGAAGUCAUUUGCGCAGUCAUCCCGAGUUUGACCCCGCCGUGGACGAGGUGCAGAUCGCGACAGCGCUCGAUCUGGAUGUGAGUGUCCCCCCAUCUAAUACAAUGAGUGCAUCAGGUCCAACUUGCUGACUGAAUGCCGUCCAAUCGCGAAAUAAACAGCUCAUCCCCCAGGACUUGCUGCGCAAGUACAUCCAAUACGCUCGCGAUCGCAUCAAGCCGCAGCUGCACAUGAUGGACCAGGACAAAAUCUCCAAACUCUACUCGGAGUUGCGCCGCGAGUCUUUGUCGACGGGGUCGUACCCGAUCACGGUGCGACAUCUCGAGUCGAUGAUCCGUAUGGCCGAAGCGAGCGCCAAGAUGCACCUACGCGAGUACGUGCGCAGCGACGAUAUUGACCUCGCGAUCCAGGUCAUGGUAGGAUCAUUCGUGUCGGCACAGAAGUCGUCGAUCAAGCGGCAGCUCGAGCGAGGGUUCCGCAAGUACUUGCGCGUCGCGACCGAUCAUGAGGAGGUGCUCGCCUUCUUGCUUGGGCAACUCAUCAAGGACCGAGUGCGUUACCUCACCGUGCGCAACGGACAAGCCCCGGCGAGCGUGGUGAUCAAGGUCGCCGAUUUCGAGACGCGUGCCAAGGAGUUGGAGAUUUACGACAUCGAGGCCUUCACCAAGUCGGCCUUGUUCCGCACCAACGGCUACACCCGUCGCGAUGGCGACAUCACCAAGUCGUUCUCGGACGAGAUUUAG